CUCAGCCAUCGGCCAACCAGGCCUGACACUUCCCAGAAAGCCCAGCGCCGGGAAGGGGUUUGCAGCUGCUCCGUCAUCGUGCGGCCCGACGCGAGCCUGCGCUCUUGUGCAGGCCCGGCUAGGUUUCUGGUCCCCGGUGCGAGGGCUCACGCGAGGCCCCGGCCUCGGUCCCCGGACUAGGCCGCGAUCCCGGGCGCCAUGAAGCAGGAGGGUUCUGCGCGGCGCCGCGGAGCGGAUAAGACGAAGCCGCCGCCCGGCGGAGGGGAACGUGAGCCACCACUGCCACCGGCCCCCCAGGAUGUGGAGAUGAAAGAGGAGGCAUCAGCGGGUGGUGGGCCAGCGGCGGAUACCGACGGCAAGGCGGCGGCUGAGCACUCCCAGCGAGAGCUGGACACCGUCACCUUGGAGGACAUCAAGGAGCAUGUAAAACAGCUGGAGAAGGCCGUUUCAGGCAAGGAGCCACGAUUUGUGCUGAGGGCCCUGCGGAUGUUGCCUUCCACGUCACGCCGCCUCAACCACUAUGUUCUGUACAAGGCUGUGCAUGGCUUCUUCACCUCAAAUAAUGCCACUCGAGACUUCUUGCUAUCCUUCCUAGAAGAGCCCAUGGACACAGAAGCCGAUUUACAGUUCCGUCCCCGAACAGGAAAAGCGGCGUCGGCACCCCUGCUGCCUGAAGUGGAAGCCUAUCUGCAGCUCCUCGUGGUCAUCCUCCUGAUGAACAGCAAGCGCUACAAAGAGGCACAGAAAAUCUCAGAUGACCUGAUGCAGAAGAUCAGUACUCAGAAUCGCCGGGCCCUAGACCUUGUGGCUGCAAAGUGUUACUACUACCAUGCCCGGGUGUAUGAGUUCCUGGACAAGCUGGACGUGGUGCGCAGCUUCCUGCACGCUCGACUCCGUACAGCCACCCUUCGGCAUGACGCUGAUGGGCAGGCCACCCUCCUGAACCUCCUGCUGCGUAACUACCUGCACUACAGCUUGUACGACCAGGCUGAGAAGCUGGUGUCCAAGUCCGUGUUCCCGGAGCAGGCCAACAACAACGAGUGGGCAAGGUACCUCUACUACACAGGGCGAAUCAAAGCCAUCCAGCUGGAGUACUCAGAGGCCAGGAGAACAAUGACCAAUGCCCUCCGCAAGGCCCCUCAGCACACAGCUGUCGGCUUCAAGCAGACGGUGCACAAGCUUCUUAUUGUGGUGGAGCUGUUACUGGGGGAGAUCCCGGACCGGCUGCAGUUCCGUCAACCCUCCCUCAAGCGCUCGCUCAUGCCCUACUUCCUUCUGACCCAAGCUGUCAGGACUGGAAACCUAGCCAAGUUCAACCAGGUCCUGGAUCAGUUUGGAGAGAAAUUUCAAGCAGAUGGGACCUACACCCUCAUCAUCCGAUUGCGGCACAACGUGAUUAAGACAGGUGUGCGCAUGAUCAGCCUCUCCUAUUCACGAAUCUCUCUGGCCGACAUCGCCCAGAAGCUGCAGCUGGAUAGCCCAGAGGAUGCAGAGUUCAUUGUUGCCAAGGCCAUCCGGGAUGGCGUCAUUGAGGCCAGCAUCAACCAUGAGAAGGGCUACGUCCAGUCUAAGGAGAUGAUUGAUAUCUAUUCUACCCGAGAGCCCCAGCUAGCAUUCCACCAGCGCAUCUCUUUCUGCCUGGAUAUCCACAACAUGUCCGUCAAGGCCAUGAGGUUUCCUCCCAAAUCGUACAAUAAGGACUUGGAAUCUGCAGAGGAGCGGCGGGAGCGAGAGCAGCAAGACCUGGAGUUUGCCAAGGAGAUGGCUGAAGAUGAUGAUGACAGCUUUCCUUGAGCUGGGGGGCUGGGGAGGGGCAGGGUGAAUGGGGGCUGGCUCUUUCUGUUUCCCCCUUGGGGGGUCCCCUGCCCAGGGAGCCAGCCCCUCUUCCCACACAACAGCUCACAGACUGCAUAUGUGCAGGGGCUGAGGGGUCCAGAGAGCCAGCCACCCCCACCUCACCCAGAGCCCUCCCCAGCCGGCGAUUUAGUGCCCGAUGGGCAGGUGGGUGGCAGGUGGCCUCCCAGGGCAGGGUCCUGGCUGGUGGUGUGGGCAGCAGGAUGGGUGGGAACAGCCCUGUGCUUUCCUCUAGGGAGUGGGGGACUGGAAUUGGGACAUGUGUUGGGUUGUAUGUUUUUUGAAGCUUCAAUUAUGAUUUUUAAACAAUAAAAAGUUCUCCAGAGU